UGUGGUGUAACAUUAACCUAAGUUUUAAUGUCAAAUAUUCACGUGUGAUUUGUUUUAUGUUUUUCAAUUGCAAUUGUGUAUUUUGGAUUAAUUUUUAAAUAAAAUGGGUAAAAAGAAGCGUGGUCGUUCAGUUAAAAAGAAUUUAAACCAGAAUAUUGAGUCCAAUGAUAUUGUUCAAGCGCCACAUUCAUUUGUUAUCCAUAGAGGAAUUUCAGGAGGCAAUACUUUAGAAUUAACUAAAGACUUUAGAAAAGUUAUGGAACCUUUUACAGCCUCUUCUCUAAAGGAGAGGAAGAAAAAUACUAUUAAAGAUUUUGUAUCUAUAGCUGGCCCCUUGCAUGUAUCACAUUUGUCAAUAUUUUCUAGAACAGAGCUAGGAAUGUAUCUAAAAAUUAUGAGGCUUCCAAGAGGACCAACAUUAACUUUUAAAAUCCACAAUUAUUCAUUAGCAAGAGAUGUAGUAUCAUCUUUAAAGAAACAAAGAGUGGUCGAAGGUGCUUUCAAACACUCUCCCCUAAUAGUUUUAAAUAGUUUCAGUGGUGAAGGCCUGCAACUUAAGCUAAUGGCUUCAAUGUUCCAGAACAUGUUUCCUACUAUAAACUUGACUAAUGUGGAUUUGAAUACAGUGAAGAGAUGUGUUUUGAUGAAUUAUAAUCCUACUACAAAAUUAAUAGAUUUUAGGCACUACAGCAUUAAGGUAGCUCCUGUUGGUAUUUCUAGGGGUGUCAAGAAAGUCGUGCAGGGUAAAAUACCUAACUUGUCUAGGUGUAAUGAUAUUACAGAGUUUUUUACCAAGGCUGGUAUGAUGUCAGAAAGUGAAGCAGAAGAAGAUCCACAAAACCAUGUGAUACUGGCACAAAAAUUAGCAUCUAGAGGAAAUGUAGAGUCUGGAAAAUCUGCUAUAAGACUAAGUGAAUUAGGCCCAAGGUUGACAUUGCAACUUAUUAAGAUUGAAGAUGGUCUUCUUGAUGGUGAAGUCUUGUAUCAUGAAUUGGUACACAAAACUGAAGAAGAGAAGGAAGAAAUACAAAAGAAAAGAGAACAAAAAAGGAAAUUAAAAGAGAAGAGGAAAAAGGUGCAAGAAGCCAACAAAAAGGCCAAAGAUGAUGCUAAACAGAAAUUAAAAGAAAAUUCCAUGAAGGGUAUACUAAAGAAUAAAGAAAAUGAGGAAUCUAAGGAUGCUGAAGAUGAAAUAGACAAAGAUGAUGAUACUCAGUACUACAAAGAAGAUGUUGGAGAAGCACCUGAUGCAGAUUUGUUCACUUCGAAACCUGGAGGAAAAAGGAAGUUUGAACCAUUGCAUUACAAAAAUAAAAAGAGAAAAUUGGAUGAAUCUGAUAAUCCUCAGCAUAAAAAUAAUGAGAAAGGUUUCAAGGACAAAAGGAAAAGUUCAAAACCAAGUUUCCAAGUUAAGAAUAAAUUCUCGAAAGGAUCAUUUAAGGAUAAAAAGGGGGACAAACAGCCAUUUAAAAGAAAAAAUAAAUUUAAAAACCAGGAUAAAACAAAUUCACGGAAUAGGGAUCAAAGGCCAAUAGGAGGAAAUUUUGCAAAUAAGAAUAAAAAGAAUUUUAAGUCAAAAAACAAACGAUAAGUAUAGAAAAUUCAAUAAAACAAUAAUAUAU